UUUGCUAUUGGCUUCAUGAGAAUAUUUUUUAACUGGUUGUGUUUGGCAGAAUCUGGGGCACAGUGGCCUAUUAUUCUUGGUGGCCAAGCUCACUGGACAGUGGGUCUUGUGGCAACAUUGAUUUCUUUCAGCAGUAUAAUUGCAGCCGAUACAUUUGCUUUUAUAGGUGGCAAGGCAUUUGGGAGGACACCUCUUACAAAUGUCAGUCCGAAGAAGACUUGGGAGGGAACUAUUCUUGGUCUGUGUGGUUGUAUAGCCACCACAGUCAUACUGUCAAAGAUUUUGUCCUGGCCAACAUCUUUGCUAAGUGCUGUGGCUUUUGGAUUCCUAAACUUCUUUGGAUCUGUUUUUGGUGAUCUCACUGAGUCAAUGAUUAAACGUGAUGCUGGUGUCAAGGACUCUGGUUCCCUAAUUCCAGGACAUGGUAAUUAGCUUUUACUGAUACCC